UUGUUUGUUUGUUUGUUGGUUGGUUGGUUGAAGGUGGUAUAUUGGCUGUUUUGUGAAAACGAUAAUGAAAAUGAAUGAAUCAACGAUUGAAAUGAUCGUGUGGAAAACACGACAAACAUUCAAUACAGAUCGUACGAAAAAUAUUCAAUUCCGUAUUAAACAAUUGAAACAAUUACGAAAAUGUUUGACAGAAAAUUAUGAUCAAUUUAUGGAUGCACUUUUGGCCGAUCUGGACAAGCCAAAAGCCGAAGCAUCAGGAACCGAAAUGCUUCCAUUACUAAAUGAUAUUGAUUAUCAAUUGAAAUAUAUUCAUUAUCAUACACGUGUGCAUUAUACGAAAACGAAACAUUUAACAAAUAUUUUCGAUUCAACAUACGUUCAUUAUGAACCAUUAGGUGUUGUAUUGAUAAUAAGUCCAUGGAAUUAUCCAUUAACAUUAUCGAUACGUCCAUUAGUUGGUGCAAUUGCUGCGGGAAAUUGUGCCAUUCUAAAACCAUCAGAAUUUGCACCCAAUUAUGAACGAUUAUUGGCCGAAUUAUUGCCCAAAUAUUUGGAUCCGGAAUGUUAUCGUGUGGUUACUGGUGAUGCCAGUGUAUCGUCACGUUUAUUGGAAAAUCAUUUUGAUUUAAUAUUUUUUACUGGUUCACCAUCAAUCGGUAAAAUUGUUUAUCGUGCUGCGACAAAAUUUUUAACACCUUGUGUAAUGGAAUUGGGUGGUAAAAACCCAGCAUAUUUAGACAAUAAUGUUAACGAUUUUUAUGAAACAGCCAAACGAAUUAUUUGGGCUAAAUGUAUUAACAAAGGACAAGUAUGCAUUGCACCCGAUUAUCUAAUUUGUAUGAAAAAAGUUCAGGAUCAAUUUAUAAAAUUGGUUCCCGGUUUUUUGAAAGAAUUUUAUGGCAACGAUGCAAGUAAAUCACCAUUUUAUGGACGUAUUGUUAAUCGUAAAAAUUUUGAACAUUUACGAAUAUUACUUGAAUCGAAUAAAGAAAAAGUUGUCAUCGGUGGUAAUAUCGAUGUACAGACAGGUUUUUUUCCAUUGACAAUAAUGGCCAAUGUUACAUUUAGUGAUCCAAUUAUGCAAAAAGAAAUAUUUGGUCCAAUAUUACCUAUUGUAACUGUUGAAUCAUUGGAUGAAGCUUUAACAUUGAUUCGUCAGAAUGAAAAACCAUUGGCAAUAAAUGUUUAUACUGAUAAUGAUAAUGUUUUUAAACGAUUUCAAAAUGAAACAUCAAGCGGUACAAUUGUUAAAAAUGAUCAUUUUUUUAAUCUACAUGCUAAUCUAUUACCAUUCGGUGGUGUUGGUAAUUCUGGUUUCGGUAAUUAUUAUGGUCCAUAUUCAUUUCGUACAUUUUCACAUGCAAAAAGUGUUAUGAUAAAACGACAUAAUUUUAUUACAAAUAUUUUAAUGAAAAAACGUUAUCCACCAUAUAGUGAUUCAAAUCUUCGUAUUUUUAGUUUUCUAUUGGCACGUAAUUUUAUUGAUGAUAUUGAUUUUUGUCAAACAUUUCGUUAUCUAUUAACAUUUAUAACUGGUAUUUUGAUUACACUAUUCAUUGUUUGGAUUUUGUCUAUGAAAGUUGAAUGAAACAAACAAA